GAGGACAAUUUCCUUUCUGUAACACACACGCUACAUGAACACACCGGGAAAAACGGAGAGAGGAAAGAAAAUAAUAAGCGAGAGAGAGGGAGAAGGAAACACCGCAGCCUCUGCGUCCGUCCGUGCGUCCUUUGGUUAGUUGUGGGGGGUUUUUUGUAAGAGAGCGUCUUUUCGUUAAAAUACGCAGACUUGCGGACUAACAUGGGAAGCUGCUGAGGAGAAGGAUUGACUUUCAGUGAACCUCUGCUCUGUGGUACAAGUCUGUGGCUAAUAGGGAGGAAAAAGGCGACAGGGAAGACAUGUUGAAGGGUUUUUCGUCUUGAGGUUGCGGCAGCGUGUUAAAACACACGGCUCUCGUAUAGGAAGAAAAAAGAGGGCAAAUGGAAACUGGGCGGUAGGCGAAGCAGCUCAGGAGCCAUUGUUUGUAUCGGUGUUUGUUUAAUUGGUUUGUUAUGAUCUGAAAUAACGUAGGCCUCUUAGGCAGCCCCGCAGUAAAUAAAUACACGGUCAGCAGACAGGGGCUACAGGGCUGCAAAAUAACCCGCAAUUGUUUUUAAACUGAGCCGCUGUGUUUUGGAAUCAGGAGAAAGCGGUGUGUAUGAUUUGUAUUUAGGUGCAAAUUCUUAACCAGGGAGUCAAAACAUUUCCAGAUACAUCAACCCUUUAAGGAGGGGAUCAUACAAAGGCCUAGUGGAAAACACAGAGGAGGCUACUUGGCAUAUUAAAGUCAUUUUAAUCCAACACCGACUUGCUUUACGCACAGAGGUGCACCGGAUUAGGUUUUUAAGUCCCAGUUUAGCUAAAGGAAGGGAACAAACGAAGAUUUUUAAAUGUUAAUGUCGACCGACGUUGCAUCCAUCAUGCUGCCUGUGUCCCGGGGUCUCAUAGACCGGGAUAGAGAGCUGGAAACCAUGGCCGGGGUGCAUCCCAACCCGGGCGGCGCUCCGGCAGCUGUCCGGGGCAUGAAGCGCGGAGACCCGGAGCCCGACGGACAAACGGCGGCGGCUCUGGUGGACUCGGCCGGGGCGGAGUGCAAGCGUCCCCGCAUUGACGGCUCAGGAGGGAUCGGCGAGGUUGGUCAGAACAACGAUCCUUUGACCCUCGGUUACCAUGGAUACCCGUCUCACAGUCAGGGCUCUCAGGAUAGUGCUGGCGGUCAGGAGGGACUCGUGCCCCCACCUUUCUCUGCGUUCCCACCUCCCCCACCACCGCCCCCCCAGAACGGCCUGGCCCUGGAUUACGGGGGCAGUCUGUAUGCAGCAGGGGCGGUUCAGGGCCCCGUGGAAGCCGGCGGAGCAGCGAGCAACGCAGCCAACGCCGCCAACAGCCUCAGUGCCCAACAGUCAGAUGGAUCCUCCCAGAUCGACGGCCAGUCUGGGGUUGGCUCGGGAGGAGGAGGGGGUGGGGGGAGCGUCGGGGACGACUCAGACGCCAAGGGGACCCCCAAACGCCUUCACGUAUCCAACAUCCCCUUCCGCUUCCGAGACCCAGACCUACGGCAGAUGUUUGGGCAAUUUGGCAAAAUCCUCGAUGUUGAGAUCAUUUUCAACGAGAGGGGUUCCAAGGGCUUCGGUUUUGUCACAUUUGAGUCGAGUGCAGAUGCAGAACGAGCCCGAGAGAAGCUUCACGGUACGCUGGUGGAAGGACGUAAAAUUGAGGUUAAUAAUGCCACAGCCAGAGUGAUGACAAACAAGAAGAUGACAACACCGUACUCUAAUGGAGAGGGCCUCGCAGCACUACCGUAUGCUGGAUGGAAGUUGAGUCCUAUGGUUGGUGCCAUGUACAGUCCUGAGCUCUAUACAGUACCAGGGUUUCCGUACCCGGCAGCAGCAGCAGCUGCCUCCACUGCUGCAACCUUUCGAGGGGCUCAUCUCCGGGGUCGUGCUCGGCCCGUCUACAGUGCAGUUAGGGCAGCUGUCCCACAACCUGCCAUCCCUACCUACCCUGGUGUGAUGGCCUAUCAGGAUGGCUUUUACGGUGCAGCUGAUCUCUAUGGUGGCUAUGCAGCUUAUCGUUACGCCCAGCCGGCUGCAGUAGCAACUCCUGCAGCUGCAGCUGCAGCAGCGGCAGCUUACAGUGACAGCUAUGGACGAGUUUACACGGCAGACCCCUACCAUGCUGCACUCGCCCCAGCUGCCUACGGUGUUGGAGCCAUGGCCACGCUGUACAGGGGAGGCUACAGUAGAUUUGCCCCUUAUUAAAGACACUACAUUUCCCAGGAGCUCCUCUCUUCCAUUGAAUUUCUCUGAAAGAGCUCCCCCUGUUGUCGUGGAGGUGGACUGCACCCAGUUUUAAAGUGCGGAGUCGACCACAAUGAAGAUAUUUCAGAUCCCACCCCAGAGCAGUCCCACGUUUUCUUAUAUACGCUACUACAGAAAUAGAGGAAUGCUGUAUUAAAGACUGAAGGAAGGCCUUUACAUUUAAAAAAAAAAAAAAAGAAAGAAAAAAUUAAGACUCAGAGUGGCCACCUUCCCUAUUGCACGGCUGUAUUAUAGUCUCCCCCUUCUUAUUUCCUCGGCACUCAGCAGCACAAGAUUUGGGACGGCGCCCAGAUGUUCUUCCAAAGGCUGUAUGUGGAUAACUGACAUUUAAACAGCUGUCACCCCUGUAAGAGAAAGAGCCGAGCUGAGCUGUGUGAUCUGCACACACUGCAUUUCAGGAACAAGAGAAGAAAACAGGCAAUCAAGGUGUCCACAAAACAUCAGGGCGGUAGGAAGGAAGGAAGACGGUGCGCUGAAAGAGCACCUGAAAACAUUUUUGAACCAGAAUGGUGAGUCGCUAAAAUGAUAAAACCACCCACUGAUGGAUUUUAUAAUUCCUCCUCUACGUGGGCGGAUAGUAAUGAGAGGAUUUCCAGUCCUACUGUGUUCUGGCAGAAGGGAAACCGAACAUGGCGAGAUGGAAGAGAUGAUGUGACGGUUUAUAACGCUACAGAAAUCAUGUCCAAAAGCUGAAGGAGGGAGGGUUAUUAGAGCUGUUCCUUACCUCAAGUUUUCUUAGUAUGUGGAAAUGGUAAACCUUUAAACUUAAAAAUUGUUAUGAUAUGCAAAGAAAUUAGUUUAGAGAAAAAAAAGCUACCAAAUUAUUAUUAUUAUUAUUAUUAUUAUUAUUAUUGUAAUUAUUCUCAUUCUUAUUGAACCAUUAUUUUGUUCGAAGAUUCAACAAGGAACCUUGGGGUUAAAAUCAGAAAAUAAGCAUCUAUAUUUCAAAUCCUCCACCUUCCAUCUAUAUGACAUAGCUAUAGUCUCCCAUUGUCCUGCUCAUGCACAGGAUUUCCCUACACUCUUGUGUGCAACCAUCAAUAAACACUACAUGAAGUGCUACACUACACUGAAAGAACUACAUUUUCAUGUUUUAGUUGAGUUUAAAUCCAAAUUAAAUCCUCCACCCACAACGACCCUGGGGUUCAAGUAUUUCUUGAUCCUUUUUAAUGUAGAGAUUUAUUAUUUGGAUUUUCCCCUCAUGCUCCAUCUUUUCUAGAGAGUCCAACAUUGAACGAGUCUUCCUGAAACAUACUUCAGUUGGUGAAUUGUGUUCAAGAUGCUGCCAGCGGCAAUUACUGAGCAAGAGAGAGAGAUUCAGUCAGCGAGUUGAUAGUAAAUAUUUAAAUGCAAAACACCUUACUAUUGUGGAUAUUUCUAUACCAUUGUAUUCUAUACUUCCAAAACGUGGCUUUUUUGACUUUUGUUUUUGUUCCAAAGAUUUGUAGAAAGCACAUUUUUCUGCCGUAUGUAUAAAUAUAUUAUCUUUGUUAUUGUUAUUGUCAUAAUCCUAUAGCUGUCUUUAUUUACUUUCUUUCAUGUUCAGUUUUUUUAAAAAAAUAUCUUUGUGUUGUUCCUUCUCCAGUAAGGUGCAAGUUAAAUUUUUUUUUUCUUGAGCUCAGAGUGUGCCGGAGUAGUGACAAACAGAGGUAUGAGUUAACAAACUUUUGUUCUCUCGGUUAAAUAUUCAGUCCGCUCAGGCUGUUUUUGUUUUUUUUUUUAAAUCUGUAUUAUUUGUUUUUAAUUGAUCAUAGGAUCCACUAGCAUGACAUUUAAUCAUAUUUCAAAAUAUACAGAAACAACCGAUUGUUUUUUUUUUUUUUCAUUUUGCGUCCAGAAUUUGCAGGCGACUGAGACAUUCAAGAAUGAAUGAGCAUAGGCCUGUAGCACUUUGGUUAAAACCAGCUGUGUUCCUUUCUUUAUUCCUUUUUUAAAUAUAGUUUUCAUUUUAUUUUGAAAGCAGAUUCCUUACAUUUCAGUGGUUAAAUCUGUCAGCUUGGCCCGUGCGCUUGCUCCAGGUUUAUUUGAAGAUUUCCAGUAAAAUGUCUGAAAGUAUUAUCACUCAUACAUACACAGGUUCAUAUUCCAACGUAGUGAAAAACAAAAUGUCAGUGUGGGAUAUUAUCUUAAGUUGUGUGUAAAAUGAGUUUUGUUUUUCUUCCCUUGAACUAAUUUCAAAGCAACCUUUGUGUUUUCCACUUCUCACACUUGGAAAAACAUACAGGUCAAUAAUGGGUUUUUUUCUAUUAAACGUGCUGCUGUUGGAUUUUCUCCUGACAUUUAACAUUUCUUUCUCUUAAAAAAAAUCCUCAUAUUAAUAUAGAAUGUGCUCUGGACAACAUUUUUUAAAAAAAGGCACUAUCCAAAGAUGCUAUCAGUCCCCAGCAUGUUCUGGUCCCCAACUUGAAAAGUGCUACAUAAAACACGCAGAUGGACUUUUGGAGCCACUGAAGGCAUGGACAAACCAGCAUGAGCGAUACUUGUCAAGUUAAAAAAAAAAAAUAGUUUUGCAUGAAUCUUGUGUCUUUUCAUAUUUGACUCCUGAGCAGCAGAGCCCAGCUGCGUUCUUCUUUACCACUAAACUCCAUGACAGGCAGCUAGCGGUCUGAAGCUAGUCAACACGACAAAGAGCACAGUGCUGUUUGGCAAAAAAUCCUGCUGACAAACAAAAUGGCUGCUGCACAAAUAACAUGUGGCAGCUUCAUUUUCCUGUCAUGGUUUUCUUGCCACUGUAUUAUAGUAAACUAUGUGGUCAUUCUUCAUAGUUGCUAUGGUUUUUCAAUGAACAGUUCUCUCCCUCUGUCAUGUCUGUAUCCCCCUUUGACUGCCAUUAUGUUUUUUUGUUAUUGAAUGUCCAUAUAAAAUGUUUUAUAUAAAAAUGUUUUGUUGUGA